CCGAUGACGAGUGUCGGUUUGUGGUUUUGCCCGAAAUUUCGACCAAUCGAAGAGUCAAAUUCUAUUUUUUUUGUUAAUGCUUCGAAUUUGUUUGAUUGUCAAGUCUGGAUAAGAUUGAAUCGCUUCCCAUUAUUCCCCAAUGUUAGCUCUUAGUAGUUUAUUACAAAGGCCAUAAUCUAGAUUUAUAUCUUUUUGACAAUUGAUAUAAAUUUCUACGACGCAGACUUCUCUAAUUAUCCUCAAACUAAUUAUUUGUGAGAGUUGGGUCAUUAGAUCAGAGAUUUAGAUUACAUCACUCUAUAUAUUUUUUUUCUUUUUAAUUGAAUUAGGGUCAGACCCGAGGCAUCCACCAAUUAUAAAUAUUUUUGUAAAUCAUUGAAAAUUUGGUCUAAAAAUGAAUCGAUACAAAGAAUUCAGGUCAACAAUGAAUGAAACGUAGAUAAAAAGUUUCAUGCACAGCAUGGUUCUGCAGAAAUUGGUCUCUUCGAGGUAUUGGUAUACAAGACGUCCACGGAAACGUGGUGGUGGAUCGUUGAGUUGUCUGGUGGUCGAGUCCGAUGGAGGCUGCUACUCAGCAAUGCCUCCAACAGCCAUGAGGCUCGAGAGUCCUCCUUGCAACAACAAUAAUAACAACGCAUCUGGAGCCGAACUUGAACUUCUCGCCAAACUGGAGGAAGCAAACCGUCUUUACGAAUCCGACGCCAAGUCACUCAAUUCGUUGAGUGGGGCGUCGGGUCAUUCGAGGAAAAGUUCCGACACUUCACAGAUAUCUUUAACAUCUGGCACGAGUUCCACCACGCAAGAUCGACCUGAAGAUUGCGGCGAAGAGGAUCUGUGGACCACAUGGGGGAGGAUUGUCAAUGAUUGGGAGAAUAAUUGGAAGAAGCAGAAUGCACAAAUUAGGGAGUUGGUCAGGAAGGGCAUUCCGUUGCAUUUCAGGGCGAUUGUUUGGCAAUUGCUGUGUUCUGCGGCAGAAGCCUCGGAAAAGAAACUCUACGCCGAAUAUAUUAAGACAAAAUCUCCUUGUGAAAAGGUCAUCCGUCGCGACAUCGCUCGCACUUACCCCGAGCACGACUUCUUCAAAGAAAAAGACGGUCUUGGCCAAGAAUCUCUCUUCAACGUCAUCAAAGCUUACUCUUUGCACGAUCGAGAAGUGGGUUAUUGCCAGGGCUCGGGUUUUAUCGUCGGACUUUUACUUAUGCAAAUGCCAGAAGAGGAAGCUUUCGCUGUCCUCGUCAAAAUCAUGCAAGACUAUCGCAUGCGUGACAUGUUCAAACCCAGUAUGGCAGAAUUGGGGCUUUGUAUGUACCAAUUAGAAAAUCUUGUCGCUGAAUAUUUGCCCGACUUGAAUCAACAUUUCCAAUCCCAGAAUUUUCACACUUCGAUGUAUGCUUCUAGUUGGUUUUUGACACUUUUUACCACGGCUUUGACCCUACCAUUGGCCUGCAGGAUCAUGGAUGUGUUUCUAUCAGAAGGAAUGGAGAUUAUUUUCAAAGUGGCACUUGCAAUGUUAACUUUGGGAAAAGACGAACUCAUGUCGCUUGACAUGGAGGGAAUGUUGAAGUUUUUCCAAAAAGAACUUCCGGUGAAAGCUGAAGCCGACCCUGAAAAUCUGAUGCAACUAGCCUACAAUAUGAAAUACAACCCUAAGAAAAUGAAAAAAUUGGAAAAGGAAUACAAUGUGAUUAAAACAAAAGAACAAGAAGAAAUGGCAGAAUUGAAACGCUUGAGGACUGAAAACAAGCAACUGAAACAUCGAUGUGAAAUGUUGGAGGAAGAAAGUAAAGCUUUAGCUGAUCGUUUAGUUCGAGGACAAGUCAGUAGAGCUGAAGAAGAAGAAACCACUUUUGUAGUUCAACGAGAAUUGGACGCUCUUCGUCACACUCAUUUGGAAACAACACACCAAUUAGCAUUAGCCAAUGAAAAAAUUCGAUCAUUGUCGUUGAUGAUGGAGGAAACGCACACUUCGAGACAAUCUUCCAUUGAUGAAAUUUCCCUCAAACAAGAACAAUUGCAACAAAGAGAGGAAAUGAUCGAAUGUCUUCAAGAAGAAUUAGUUAAAGUGAGGUUACGUGAGGCUGAAAAUGACGCUUUAAUUCGCGACUUAAGGGCCAGAAUCCAUGAAUUAGAAGAAGAUAAAAAGACACUUCGUGAGAUAACGCCAGAUAACAGUGUUGCUCAUCUUCAAGAAGAAUUAAUAGCUGUGAAACUUCGCGAAGCUGAAGCUAACCUCUCUUUGAAAGAUUUGAGACAAAGAGUAUCAGAACUUAGCAAUCAGUGGCAACGUCACCUCCAGGAACACAAACAGGAACCGACUUCGUCCGGGGAACCACAUAGUACACCCAAGAAACUUCUAUUUUGGGAAAAUCGAAACAAUGAAACUCAGAAAUUAGAAGACGAGCUUAUGACUACUAGAAUAAGAGAAAUGGAGACUUUAACUGAAGUUAAGGAAUUGAGACUUAAAGUGAUGGAGCUUGAGACUCAAGUGCAAGUCAGUACGAAUCAAUUGAGACGACAAGAUGAGGAAAUUAAGAAGCAAAGGGAUGAAUUAGAGAAGGCUGAGUUGAGGGAUCGUGAAGCUGCUGCUCGUUUAUUGGAGGAACAUCGUCGAUAUUCAGAUCUUGAGAGUAAAAUGCAAGAUGAGUUGAUGAAGGCGAGAAUCAGCGAUGCGGAGAAAACUCAAGCCAUUGCUGAGCUCACACAGAAGAUUAGCCAAUUAGAGUUGAAGAGUCAGGAAAUUGCGACCGAAGGCGAGCUUCGAAUCCAAUCGGUCGACGAUAGUGAUCGUGUUAGGGAAUUGCAAGAUAAAGUGGCCGAUCUUCAAGCCGAGGUCAUGAGAUUGGAAUCGUUCAAGAGACGAGUAAUCGCCGGGGGUGGUCGUAUGCCGUCGGAGAGGUCUUUUUCCAUCGACAGCACCGACGACGAUCCCAAAAUCAGAUUGGACGAUCCUUCCCUGAGAUUAAACUUAGUCGAGUCUCCUACCUCCAAAUCCGAGCUUACAUUUAGUGACAUGUGUCAAAAUUCAAACAAACUAGAUUCCAAUAUGAAUACGCACACCACAAUAGAUGCUCAUGAAGAGAAGUGUGCAAAAGUCUGACCACACGACUGAAAUUUUAGACUAGGAAUUUGUAGUAUUUUUGCCUAUGGGAUUAUUACUACAAACGAAUAGAAAUUUGGUGCAUUUAAAUAUUUAAGUAUAAUUUAUUGUUUUAUUUUGUAUUGAUUUAUGUACUUAACCGAUUCUAGUGUGAAAAUUUUGUGUAUUUUGUUAUUGUCUGGUAUGUAAUAAGAGAUAAUUAAUGUAAGGUAGAUUUUUCUUGGGAAAUUUAACUUAUGAAUUAGUGAGACAACUAGGAGAUGUUAGAUUAGAUUUUCUAAUAUUCUAUCUGUGUUACAAGUAGUAUUAAAACUGAGAGGGCUGUUUGUAUAUUUUGCUGAGCAAAGUCGUAAAACAGUAUUUUACUUCACAAGUUGAUGAACCAAUCAACGGUGCUAUUUUUAUCAGUUGCAAUAAUUCAAAAAACAUUCCAAACGUUAAACAUCGAAAUUUUAUUUUUAGAUAAAUUAAUAAAUACUCUAGAAAACAUAUUGCACAUUUAUUUGUUUUCCACUUAACUUAUUAAUAUUUUCCCUAAAGGACAGCAAUAAGAGUCGAUGUUGCAAUAUGUAUAAAACCGAUUUAUGUAUUGUUUUGCUUUUUAAAUAUAUUUGUAUCAAGA